AUGAAAUCUGAAUGUUCCUCUUCCAUGUCAAAAACGAAAAGUCGGGAUUCAGAUGUUUGUAGUCGGUCACGAUGGAAGCCCAUGUGCCAUUAUGGAGACAUGGUUGUUCUUCAAAGGGAAACUACUGUUAAGAAUAUGGGAAAACAUUUUUGGGGUUGUCCAAAUUAUAAGGGAGGUAUGCAAGCUGGUUGUGGCUUCUUUGAUUGGUUUUAUGAGGAGGUGGGUGAUGAGAAUGAGCAAUUUUGGAUGCAUAGGCUAAGUGUGGUAACUAAGGGACUUGCUGAAGCAAAAAAGGACAUUGAAAAGGAAACAAUGGAGAAUGAAGAAUUAGGGAAAAAGCUAAUGAAACUUGAAAGUGAAAUGAAGAAUAUCAUGAAGUGGAAAAAGAUUUUGAAUUUGAUGUUUGUGAUGAUUAUCAUUGUAUUAGUUGUUAGGGUUAGUUAG